AGAACUCCCCAGGAUCUGUGAUGGAUCUGGAUGCAGAGACUGAACCCCUACUAGACAGAGGUGCAGGGGAGGCCAGCUCUUCCCAGUCCACCACUGCAGGAAUCACUGUGUAUCAAGAAAUACAGACACCCCUUGAGGUGCCAGCCCUGACAGCCCACGAGACUCACCACAUCUUCAUCAGUUACAGCAGCACAGACUCGGCCUGGGCCCGGGGACUGAUUCAGAAACUGGAGGCCACCCUUCCUGAGCUGAAUGUGUGUUUCCAUGAGCGGGAUUUCAUGCCAGGCAAAACCAUAAUUGAGAACAUGGUUGAGUCCAUCCAGGGAAGCCAGAAGAUCCUCUUAGUCCUUAGCCCAGACUUUGUCCAGAGCAGGUGGUGCUUGCUGGAGGCCAACCUGUCCGUCUUCCGAGACUGCAUUGAAAGGAAGCCUGUGAUCCCUGUCAUGCUGCAGACCUGCUCUGUCCCACUGCACCUCACCCACCUGACCUACCUCGAUGCCAGUGAUGUGCACUUCUUUGACAAAGUCAGCAAGGUGAUCUGCACUCCCAAUCACCAGAUGCAGAAUGCCACCAUGGUGCCUUACAACCCCCCAUCCCUCUACAACGGGAAAACCCUGUUGACCUUACGUGCUGUGAAUGAGUGCUUUCUAUUGAAAUGGUCAGGGGGUAUAUUCAGUGAUGUAGUCCCUGACCAGCUGAGCAUGGUGAGUGAUGAUCCUGAGCCGUACAGGACAGCCAUCCAGAUGAUUAAUGAGGUUUCCUCUAGGACAGUCCCUUGUUCUCCUGCCAUCUGUUUUUUUGUGAUAUGGACUUGUCUGUUUGUGACCUUAAUAUCUAACUUUUUCAUGCUCUUGGAUGCUGUAAAAGAGAAAGGAUUUUCCUGGUUCUUUGUGUGUUUCGCGUCUAUGUUGCGCACCCUGCUCCUAGUCACAAUUGUUGCACUUGUCAGCUGCAUUUACCACUACAACGUUAAAUUACCUAAUAUGAAACUCCUGGAGAUGUCCCAAGCUGCCGGCUUGGCCAACUGCCUGCUGCAGAAGAGCUCCCUGCUGAUGGGGUGUGCGUCCCACGCGGAACUCCACUUUGUCUACAUGUCCCUUGAGUGGUGCAGGAAAGAGUUCGCUGAGACCUUCGGGGAGAGCAGCCCCUCUGCUGAAGAGAUGUUCCAAAGACCCCCGCAUUAUUUCUCCUCUGAUUAUGCCUGCUGUGUAACCAAGAAGUAUUUCCACUUCUCCUGGGCAGGGGGCAUGCCAGGGCACUGGGAUAAAGGGCCUUGUUUUGCCAGUUUGUUUCUCAGCGUGUGAGGAAAGGCUCCUGGUGCUGGAAUGCUUCUGACCACUCAGGAAAGAGAGAGAGAGCUAGGAUUUGAUUCAAUAUGGGGAUCUAGACACUGGAUGGAAUAUUUGUUCUGGAGCUGAUUAUUCCAACUACCUACCCCUUGUUUGUUAAGGCUGAAAUGCUGUGCGUGUGGGAGAGGAAGGAGUUCUCCUCUAGUUCCAUUUUCCCACCAAAAGAACAAUAUGCCUGGGGCCAAGCCAGGGAACCCCAAACAACCUUCCCGCUAUACAUUCAGGUGUCAGAGUGUGGGCUGUUGUGUCUAACUGAAACACCACUAUGGCAAGUGCAGAUUCUGGAUGUAGAUUAAGUGUAAGUUAUUGAUAUGUUCCUAUGGUUGUAUGGGCUGACUGCUAAAAUAUAAUCCAUAUAUGGUAACCUGGGAAAGUAGAGGAAAACCUGCAAGUCAAGGCCACCAAUAUUGGGCUGGAGCUUAGACCAUAUACAGGUUUCUGGAAAGAGGUGCAAAUUAAAGUAGCCGUAUUGGUGAAAAUCACGAACCAAAGUGAAGUCAAACCAAAACAGAGACAAGCAGCAUUCCAG